AUGGAAAGUGUCUUCUUAUGCUGUAUGGAUUGGAUCAUCAGUGAUGGAAUGAAAGAAACCCUUCUCAACCUUGUUUCCUUCCAAGAAGUCAAAGAUGCUGCCUUCAAUAUGGGAACCCUCAAGGCCUUGGGGCCUGAUGGCUUUCAAUGGGUGUUUUACUAUAGAUUCUGGCAACAAAUCCAUGCAGAGGUUUAG